AUGACGACACAGGACCCCAUUAUGGUAGGACUGCAACCACUGGAGGCGGUUAAUCAACUCACCUACCUGGGCAGCAUCCCUGCAAGCGACAGGGAUGGUGACUAUGACGUUGUGUGUCAGAUUGCAAAAGCAGGUGUGGUCUUCCAGCUGCUCCGGCCAAUCUGGUCAACCCCAAAGAUCGAUCUGGCGACGAAGAUUCGUCUGCUCAACUUUACGCUUGUGGAGGCUGACCAGUGGCAGAGAAAAAAAGCUGCAUCUCCCACCAGUGUUCUUAGGGUGGUUCCCAUUGGAGAGGCAGGCGUGGAUACAGGAGCACUUAGGAAAGAGUUUUUGAGUGACAUGAUUUCAGGUAUUGAAAGCAGAUUCUUUGAAGGGCCUGAGAACAAGGGCAAAAACCCCAAGUAUUCUCUGACCGAUCUUGAUAAUGAAAACUUCAGAACUGUUGGUGAAAUAAUUGCAGUCAGCCUCGCCCAAGGAGGCCCAUCUCCUGCCUUUUUCAAAGAAUGGUGCUACAAUGUCCUCUGCUCAGGAGAGGUUGAUUUCAGCUGUCUGUCUAAGGAGGAUGUUGCAGAUGUGGAAUCUUCCCUGCUCAUCAGCAAAGUUGAAGAUGCAGCAGACAUACAGUCUCUGAUGUUGUGGGCUGAUGAAAUUGUCAGCUGUGGAUACACAAACCAGAUAGAGAUGGAUAGUAAGGAAAGCAUGAUACGUGCUAUUGUCUUACACUGCACAACAAGACUGAUUCCAAUGCUACAGGAGCUCAAAAAGGGCAUGGAACUGUAUGGUCUUGUGAACCUGAUGGCUGUAAAUCCUGAAGCUUGCCACAGUUUGUUUGUUACUGGGAAAAUCCUCAAAUGGAUGACCGGACAGUCCCAUGUUCCCAUCCUUCCUGAUGAAAAGAGACAUUUCAAAAUAACAUGCAAGUUUGACCACGAAUGUAAGGAGCGGCUGGGAGAUCACUCAAUUUGUUACCCAGUUGUGAGCGCAAGCACUGUGACUUUUGUACUGUGA